CCUCUAAAUGUUUUUUUUUUUUUUUUAGAAGGGAAAAGGCGAAGGUCUCCCUCCGGUUCGAAGUACCUUCUGCUUCCUCCCCACGGAAAAGAGCCAAAGGAGACGGCAAUGGAGUCUCCUCUCCUCUGAAAAAAAAACCCUAAUUUCUCCCAUCGAAACGCCUAAUCGAUCUCAACUUCACGGGAGAAGACAUUGAGGGAUGGAGAUGGAUAGCAUCCAGAUUCGCUUCGCCGUUUCCCUGGUAACCUCUUUCUUGAUUGCGGCCAGAGCCUUCAAGCGGAAGUCCGUCGAUCUCUCCGGCGUUCUCACUGGCAUCCCAGUGAUGGUGAUCCACAUGCUGGCCGGCUACAGGUUUGCGGCUUUACUUCUAGUCUUCUUCUUUACGGCUUCCAAAUUGACGAGAGUUGGGGAGGAGAGGAAGAGGAACAUUGAUGCGGAGUUCAAGGAGGGAGGGCAGCGGAAUUGGGUACAAGUUCUGGCAAAUAGUGCAAUUGCAUCUAUUUUGGCAAUCAUAUUUGCAGCGAUAAAUGGUGGGCAAGACAUGUGCUUGGACACAAAACGGUCGAGUCUUACGACUGGCCUUGUUGGUGGUAUCAUCGGUCAUUAUGCCUGUUGCAAUGGUGAUACUUGGUCUUCAGAAUUAGGAAUGCUUAGCAAUUCACAACCACGACUAAUUACAACAUUUAAGACAGUCCGAAAAGGUACAAAUGGUGGAGUCACUAUAGAUGGACUUUUAGCAGCUGCAGCAGCUGGCUGUGUUAUCGGUCUGGCUUUUGUCCUUGUUGGGUUGCUUACAACUGAAUGUGCUGGAGAUGUGGCUUGGAGGCAGUUCCUGAUAAUACCUAUAGCUUCAGCAGCAGGGUUUUGCGGAAGCAUGAUGGAUUCAUUACUGGGUGCCACACUUCAGUUCAGCGGAUAUUGCACAUUGCGCAAGAAGGUGGUUGGAAAACAGGGACCAACCGUGAUCAAGAUCUCAGGAAUGAACAUUCUGGACAAUAAUGGGGUCAAUGCAGUGUCAGUAUUGUCAACUACACUAGUUACCUCCAUUACCUGCUUGUACGUCUUCUAAUCUCAUGGCCAGAUGUUCUCAUCCUUAUUUAUCACUCAUUUGACAAGUGGUAGAUCUCCCACAUGGGAGGAGUCGAUCGUAUAUUUGUACCAUAGGAAGCAAAUAGUUAGCUACCAUGCCUUAAUUAUUUUUUUUGAGGAUUGUGUCCUGUUUUUGUUUCAAUUGUCGCAUAUUGGUUUGAUGUACCAAUGUCAGGCUGCUAAAUUCCUAAGAUCACACUUGUCUGUAUUGCAGUAUCAAUGCAGCAGUUUUGUGAAUUUUCUCAAGCAAUUUCCACUUCACUCUGCAA